GCGGGGGUCCAGAUGCCCGGGCAGGAAGGAGGGAGGACCUUGGGGUUGGGUAGAUCUAAACAAAGUGUCUGUAAUUCGUGCGCCGAGUGCCAGAGUGCCAAGGAGGGACUACAAACAGUGAUCUAACAAAAAUGAUCUCAUCUCGUAAACAAGUGCCAUAAAAACAUCUUAGAAAACAAUAAUAAACAGGUUCACGUAAACAGAAUAGAGGGUAAAAAAAACGAGCCUUGAACUGUAAAAACAAAAGCGAGUGAUAAUGUAAACAGUGGAACAAAAGACGUGGAUAAGAAACAAAAGUUAUUGUUGAGUGAGCAGUAAACAUUACGUCCAUCGUGAAUAUGAACACCAAGACCAGCGCCCCUUACAGGUUGUGGGUGACGGUGGUGUUGUGGGUGGUGGUGUGGGCGUCCUCCACCCACGCCUCCUCCGUUCUUCUCCACCAAGACGCCCCACAUCCACUAUCUCACCAGGAGGCCGCCCACCGCCUCUCCCAGAUCCACCAUGGGAAAGUGGAAGAGGAAGUGGAAGAGACGGAAGAAGAGGGUCCUAGAGAUGCUCUCUAUCGCCUGUCUCACCUCCACCGCGGGAAGGUCGUGGAAAAGGUGGAAGGGGGUCCCACUGAGGCACUCUAUCGCCUCUCUCAAAUCCACCAAGGGAAGAUGAAGGAGAAGGAGGAGGAGGAAGGUGAAGUGGUGGGAGAAAGGGAGGAAGGGAGCCCUCUCCAUACCUUCAGGGGAGAGUCAACAUCCUCCUCCACAGCCGCCACGCCCCUUCAAACAGCCGCUGACGACCUGUAUGAGGAAAGAGGCGGGUUCUUCCUUGAUGAACUGGAGGCUGUCACCAGGUCCGACACCCUAGAGUGCCCGAGCGCCAACGUUAUCACCACCAGGUACAAGUGUCAGGUCCGCGAGCAAUGGGUUGACUGUUUCCGAAGACACUGCUGCCAGGGGUACAACUUUGUCGCCGGCAGGUGUCUGCCGGAUACAGUGGACCCGUGUUCUCAGGACUUUUGUGAGCAGAAAUGUUCCGUGUAUUUCGGCCGAGUGAUCUGUACCUGUUACUCUGGGUAUCGCUUCAGUCCAGAGAACCAUAAGAGAGGAAUUAAACCUGUGUGCCUUGACAUCGACGAGUGUGCGAGUCAAAAUGGCGGAUGUGGGCACGAGUGUGUCAACGAACCUGGCACCUUCACCUGUUCCUGCCGUCCAGGGUAUCGUCUGCGUGGUGACAACAGCACGUGUGAACUGGAGAGUGAGGGGGGAGCUGUGCCUUCUCCUGGCCAAUGGCGUGCCUCACAACCCCCUAACCAAGCCCAUCGCCCCUCCCGCCGCCCCGCCCACGACUCAGGUCAACAACAGUGUUCAGCGUCUUGCUCCUCCGUGGGUCAGAUGGCAGCUAAGAUCAGAAGCUUGGAGGAGAAGGUAGUGGCUCUCAGCACGGCAGUCCGUCUCUACAGCUUCGCCGCUGGUCUACCGGGCCCUGAAGGACCCCCUGGGCCUCCUGGUGCUGCAGGGCCUAGAGGCUUCCCAGGUCCGGCUGGGUCACCAGGGCCACAGGGGAGAGGGGUGCGGUGGGCCCGAUGUGGACGGCGCCCCCGGAGACGACGCCCACGCCCAGACGCCUACCAGCUGAUGACCCCUUCACCUCAGAGGACUUCCCACUCGACUCCUGGACCGUCCUUCAGGGAGACGGCCGGCGGCAGUUCUGUAAAUGUCGCCGAGCCGCCGUGUAUAUCAAUUAAUGGUUCUCCUGGCGCCUCAGGUAAGCCAGGGCCGAGGGGUCUUCCAGGAUCAACAGGGUCCCCCGGAGAGAAGGGCGACCCCGGCUCCUUCGACUUCCUUAACCUCAUGAUCGCCGACGUCCGCCACGACAUCCAGAAGCUGCAAGAGAAGGUGUUUGGCCCCGGUGACAUGCCAGAGCCGUAUGAUUUGGCUGGAGCCCUGGCGGCAGGAAGAGGGUCACAAGCGGCCUGGCAGGAGGACCAAUACCAUACGCAGCUUCAGGAGAUCCUAACAGAGGAGGUCGACAAUAGGAUCUUUGGCGCCGCUAGACGAUUCCAUCCGAAUCAGCUGCAACUCUCGGCUCUCGACGGGGACGAGGACGUCCCUGAAGGUGAGGUAGAGAGUGGGGGAACCACCAAGGCACCCUUGCAAAGUCCUGGACCUGUGCCACCGCCCAGGCCUGUCUUGGCGGAUUCUCAAGAUCCCUCUUCAGAGGAUGCCCACCUUGAGGAACCCCCUCAGGAAUACUAUGACAUGCUCCUCAACAAUGGCGGCGAGUCCCUUGACGAUUAUAUUUCAAAUUACGAUUACGGGUCGACCUCAGACGCCACUUACUUCUCUGAAUAUGCCGCAGGCGACACCCAAUCCGUGUCGCAUCCAGAGUCCACCAUGUCGACGCCCUCUGCUGCCACCAACUAUAAUAAGGAUCAAGCACCAGCUUCAGCCCUUCCUACAACAGAUCGUUACUCUCAGUAUGACAGGGAAACAGUGGAUAAAAAAAGGGGUCAGAUAAUUGGAUAUAGACAGGAGGGUUCAGUUACAUCGAGAGACCCGAGGGCGCCAGUGGGAGAGGCGCCGCGGCAGCAGGACUUUAGUCUGUAUUCCUCUGAAGGCUCGGAAGGAGUAACAGAAACUACGAGGAUACAACCAACAGACACGAUGAUGCCAGAAGGACCUCAGAGCCACAUUCCAAGAAUUAAUUCUAUCCGAGAAGGAACACAGGUAAAGGGUGUCUCUGAUGUAACCAACACCCGGAACCUUCAGAGGGAGUUCCAGUUUAUCUUCCCAGAACGAACAAAGUUCUGGUAAUCCCACAAGAGCUCUGCCAGAUUCCAGGACCUCUAACAAUGCCUUUGAUGCUCAGGCAAUCAAAACCUCCCUCGAUAAUUUGAGGAGAGAUUUUAACUUAUUUGACGAAGACGAUGGUGGAGGUGAAGUGUCUUCCGGGGAGCAAGUUAUCGGUGUUGAGGAACAUAACAAAGAUGGCGGUGAAGAAGAACAAGACAAUGUAAAUAGGAGAAGCCAAGAACAAGGAUUUGAAAGGGAAGAGUUUACACGAACGAGUUCCCAGGAGAUUGUGAAUGAAGCAGAGAUCGAUCCCUUGUACUCCCGACGCCAUCUGACAGAGAACGACAAAUCUCGUAUCAGAGAAACUGAGAAACUCAUCGACAUUCUUGAUGACAUCUUGAAGGAAAUGGAAGAAACUGCUAAGUUCUCGCGCAUUACCAGGAAUCCUAAAAAUUAUUCAAUGGCCUACGAAGACAACACUGUCUCUACAACUGGAUCUGAAGAUUACACCGAGGCCCGUAAAAUCCUUUAGUUCAGAGAAGAGAGCAACAAGCAGUCCACCAACUCCUGGCAAGUCGAGUGUCUAUAAAAACAAAAAUGUGCUUACUAUCCAAACCCACCAAGAACAUCGUGUCCCCAGUCCCUCAAAAUCAAACACGGAUGAAAAAGUCAAUUCAGAGGCGCCCAUCACGAGACCAUGUGAAGACGAAAGUUGGGGCCUCCUCACCACCAGCCCAACACUCAGCAAAGAGGAUGAAGAACGCUCAACGCAGCCCAGACAAGACGAGAACCGAAGACCCUCGCAGGAUUGAGGUCGGCUGUUACUUUUAGUGUGUGUGUAUAUAAAAUACUAGCUCCUACCUGCCUGUUGACGUGUUAUACCCUUUACUUACAGGAACACGUACCUCAGCCAUAUGUCUUAUGUAGAUAAGGUUUACGGACAGUCUAGAAGCAAUUUUCUUAAUAAUUAUUACAUUUUCCCAUAAACUCUUUUUCUGUCACUAAAGUUUAGAAAACGACGUUGGGUUGGUCAGCCAGCCUGUCUGUAGCGUAUCUAUUUUAUUACGGGAGACUGAGGGUAAAUAUUACACCAAUGGAUCAAAGACUAGAAAAGUGCUGACGUCAUAGAUAUAUUGUGAUAAAAGAUUACUGAAUAUGGAUAAUAUUUCUCAAUGUACUGUACUUAAACUUGUAGUUAUUAUAGAACAUCAUUAUUAAACAAUCAAUUGGA